AGGAGACGGAGAUCUCUCGCGAGGAAGGACGCCAUUAUCGCAGCCGCCCGACAAACACCACGAGAAUUCGGCACCGCACACGGAUUGCAUGUCUCGUAAAACUGCUUGUUUGGGGGCCUGCAGUGGUGUUUGACUGGACAUUGCAGCCUGGUUCUGAAUGAUGUCAGAACAGGAUUUGGCAGAUGUUGUUCAGAUUGCCGUUGAAGACUUGACUCCAGACAACCCAGAGUGUUGGGGUUUCAGAAGCCAGUGGAUCUGUCGAAGCAGAACAGCUGAUGUGGCAACUCUGCUUCCUCAUGUUGUGUUGGCAAAUCAUGAAGUGACAGAUGAUGAUGUAGAGCCUACUCUGAAACGUCAGCGCAUAGAAAUUAACUGCCAGGAUCCCUCUAUUAAGUCAUUCCUGUGUUCCAUUAAUCAGACAAUAUGCCUGCGACUGGAUAGCAUUGAGGCAAAGUUGCUGGCUCUAGAGGCUACCUGUAAAUCACUGGAAGAGAAGUUGGAUCUUGUCAUGAACAAACAGCACAGCCCCAUCCAGGUCCCCAUGGUGGCAGGUUCUCCUCUUGGCGCUACACAGACCUGCAAUAAAGUACGAUGUGUUGUUCCCCAGACCACAGUAAUACUGAACAACGACCGACAGAAUUCAAUUGUAGCCAAGAUGGUUGGGCAGGAAGAGCCACUGAGCAGAGCAGCGGAUUCUCUGGAAAAUAUCCUUAGCAAUGCUGUUCCUGGACGUAGGCAGAACACCAUAGUGGUGAAGGUUCCAGGGCACGACGACAGUCACAACGAAGAUGGAGAGAGUGGCUCUGAGGCCAGUGACUCAGUUUCCAACAGUGGACAAUUAGGAAGCCAAAGUAUUGGGAACAAUGUCACCCUUAUUACGCUGAACUCUGAAGAGGAUUACCCCAACGGGACGUGGCUUGGAGAUGAAAAUAACCCUGAGAUGCGGGUCCGCUGCCCCAUCACCCCUGCUGACAUGCUGCACAUCAGCACCAACUGCCGCACGGCCGAGAAGAUGGCGCUGACAUUGCUGGAUUAUCUCUUCCAUCGGGAAAUUCAGGCCAUCUCCAACCUUUCAGGCCAGGGGAAGCAUGGGAAGAAGCAGCUCGAUCCUCUCAUGAUAUAUGGAAUCCGCUGUCAUCUCUUUUAUAAAUUUGGGAUCUCAGAAUCUGACUGGUAUCGAAUCAAGCAGAGCAUAGACUCCAAGUGCCGAACAGCCUGGAGGCGGAAGCAGCGGGGGCAGAGUCUGGCUGUGAAAAGCUUCUCAAGGAGAACGCCUUCGUCGUCAUCUUACAGUGGUUCAGAGGGUCCUCAGAGCUCAGUGUCAGCCUCAAAUGAGAUCCAGCAGAACCAACCACAGGCACUACACUACGCACUGGCCAACGCCCAGCAGGUUCAGAUCCACCAAAUAGGAGAAGAUGGACAAGUCCAAGUAAUCCCGCAGGGCCAUCUCCACAUAGCCCAGGUUCCUCAAGGCGAGCAGGUCCAAAUCACGCAGGACAGCGAGGGAAACCUGCAGAUACAUCAAGUGCACGUUGGGCAGGAUGGGCAGAGCAGGAAAGCAGAACGGGAGAGUUGGUGGUUCCCCCCCGGUCAGACUCUGUAAUGGCACACGGCAUCCAGCGGCUGCUGCCCCACGUCUGCAAACGGCGCUGAGCUCGGAAACAGCCCCCGUCUCAAACUCCAGCCCUAGCAGAUAAGGGCUUUGCCUUCCAUCCAACUCAGAUCUCGUUGUCAGUGUAAAAACUGAGGUUUAGUUUGAAUCGUUGUCCGACUUCACACCAACGCUGUAUUGGUUCCAAAUGUUGAAUGUGUUGAGAGUUGUGUUUUCCAGCUCGAGUGGAGCGUUUUAGAGGAAAGAGAAAUGGAUUUGUCGUCUUUGUUUUGUGCUUUUACUGUAAUUAUUAUUAAAGCAGAAAUUGGGGCAAAAUAUUUGAACGCGGUGAAAAUUGUUGCUUUUCUCCACCUGGCAAAAACCGAAAGCUAAAAUGUCCCCAGGCAGCAAUACUGUGUUAUUUUGUGACAUUGAAACACGGCAAGGAAGGGAAAACGAAAGUCAGGAUUGUGCUGUGCUUAAAGAGGGCUGCCUCCUGUGUGUCUCUGCACCGUAUUUGAUACCAUGGAGUUUUAUGGCUGGUGCAGUGCUGCUGAUAGCAUCUCGGCGCUGUGUUCAGUGCCGUUCCCCUGCAUUCCCUCUCAGUGUGAAACACAGCAGAGGUGCACAGCAGCCCGGUCGCUCCGGCACGUUGGCCGUGCUGUGUGUGGUAUUGGAGUUGAAUUUAAGAAGUAAUGCGUGAUUUUUUUGCAGCUAUGCCUGAGCUGGGCUGCUGUGUGUGUUAGGGCUGCUUAGGUUACCGGGCAUCCAUAAGAGAAGUUACCUUCACCUUAGCUUUGUGCCUGCGAUCCUUAUGGGUAAUGAAAAGAUCGAAGCACUGUUGGGAGUUGUUUUAAGAGCUUUGAGGAGAAAGAAGUGGGGAGGAACAGCUCCUGUGUGCAUCCUGGUGGAGCUGCUGCCGAAAUCCCGUUGAGGAGCGGUGCUGUCGGAGUGCUGUGCUUACAGAGUACGGAGGAAAUGAAAUGAUUUUCUCUGACCGCCAGACCCCGCGAGGAAUCAAGAGCAGUUUAACGCCGUGAUUUGGUAAUUCUGCGCUUCCUCCGUGGUGGUGUGCAGGAAAAUGCUUUGUAUCACUGGUCAGAGUUUUAUCAUCUAACUGAAGGGAGCUGCACAGCAGUGCGGUGUUCUGAGCAGCUCGGGAUGUUCAAAAACAUCGGGGGAAUAUGUGACAAUUGGAAGAGCUAUACAGGUAGAGAAUAAUUCAGUUAUGAGUUGCACCCAUCUUGUGCAGAUCGCCAUGCAGCCGAUCAGGUGGCUGGCUUUGUUUAGAUGUUACACACAGCCAGCUCUUUGUUUCACUGAGUAUUUCCAUUGCUAAUUAUUUCCUUCGUUUUCAUACACAUUGCUGGACACUGGGUGACAUUUUGCCUGAAAUCUCUUAAGCUGCAGCUUCCAUCACCACCACAGAGGAGCUGAACAUAGAAGUCAGUGAAUGGAGCUCCCAGCUAUCUUUUUAACCCAGUUGCACCAGAUGCAUCACAUAACAGUGCCACAAACCUCACUUCUCUGUUCUGAAAGCAGUGUUGGUUGGAAGGAGGGAGCCUUUUUUGGGCACAGCUGCAACAGAAGUCAGCUCUGUGGCUUGUGGUUCUGCACAGACAUAGGUUAGGGCAUCAAUUGCAUCUGAGCUGUGAAUUUGAAGUUGUUUUCCAAUUAUUUUGAUCUAGGAGGGUUGUUUUUUUUUAUUAGUUUUUAUUCGAUGACAAACUUUGUGGGUCUUCUGAGCAUUAAAUGGCAACGUCUUAGGAAUCAGCUUCAAUAAAGAUUUCAUUUCUGUGCUGUUCUUUGAAGACUUUUUGAACCAUUCUUUUUAGGUCAAAAAGUAGACUUUCUCUCCUCUCCAUAUGUCUUCAUACGUCUGUCUAAUCAGGAGCUUGUUUCUCCCUCAGGAUGGGCUCUGGCAUCUCUUUUCUCCAGUUGCUCCAGGAAAAGUUUGGCUCCCAAAGAACCUUCUCAUUUUGGCUUUGCAUUGGUUUCCCCUGCUCUGUGUUCUCAGAGCCCAUCAAAGGCUGCCUCCUGGCUCCCUCCUGCCCUGACAUUCCUUCCCAGCUGUGCUUUUUGCUGAAAUUUCAGGAAUAUCCUGAGCUGCUCCCUUUGAAGUGUGCUCGUGCCACUUUUGCAUAACUGGUUUCAAGCCCCAGCAGCCUCUCUCGGAUUCCAAGCCAUUUGGGCAGCUCUCUCCCUGGGGCUCCCAGCGACUGCCAGGUACCACCCUGCAUCCCACUCACUGCCAGGCUCCUGGCACAGAGCUGCUGGCACAGCCCCAGAAAUGUGAUCUCAAGUUAUGACUUCAUGCAAAAAAAUUACAGCAUUUGCUUGCGAGCGCUAACCGAGAUUAGAAAUUGUAAGGGAGCAUCGCUUUUUUGUUUUCAUUUCCUGCUUGCUGGUUUGUUGCUUCUAUGGAAGUAUUCUGCUGAAUUGCUCGGGACUGCUUUCCUCCUUGAUAUCAUCUUUAUUUGUUGUGAAUUGGUUGUGUUGUGCAGUCAGUCCUUCCUCUAUAACCUCUCUUGAAAGCAGUGUGGAGGUUCUACAGAUGUGUUCUGAAAUCUGUAUGUUUCAAAAGCAAACUUAAUUGUGCCGGGUUGUCAUGCUUGCCAAUUAAGACUGAGUGUAUUCUUGCAUAUCAAAUCCUACAGCUUCAUACCACUGGGCUGUGUCUAAAAGGAAAAAACAACCCAAAAAUGUGAGUCGCUUGCACAUUAUGCAGAAAGAAGUGUCACAUUUAGGGUUAAUGGUUGUGCUUAAUUUCAGCCAGAGGAACCAGAGACAUUCCUUGGGUAGCUUUGGUGGUGGCAGGGACUCAGCUUUGGGAGCUGAGUUUUCCAGGCAGGUACCUAUAGAGGGUUGUCAGACUUAGGCUGCCAACUUGGAACAGACCAUAGAACUUAAGAAAGACGUAUAUAUCAAAACAUACAAAGGCACACAUGCAAAAAUCUCAUGGGAUGGCUGAAUUCCAUGCUGUACCGGGCAUAAAAAGAAAACAGUGUAGUCAGUGGGAGAACAGAGAAUUUAAAGUCUGCAUUUGCUAGGUGUGCAGGGAAUCUGAAACCCAAAUGGGUUGAGUACAACAAAAAGGAAUGCGGUUGGGCAGCAAUAGCUGCUUCUGGCACUCCUGAUGCAUUUAGCCAUUUUCUUUCAGCUCUGAAAGAGAGAGAAAGAAAAGUAACUGUGAAAUUGGAUUGAAGAAAUCAGAACGGUGCUGCACUCCGGUAAGAUCCAAAAUACAGGGCAGCUUUUGUACCUUCUAAGGCUGAGCGUUCUGAAACAGGUUGAAAUGAUAGAAAAUCCUGUGGCUAAUCAAACUUGAGAGCUAUUUUUUUUUAAUUCUGAAGGAUUUCUUUUUAUUGUCAGUGCGAUGGAAGGCGAUAAGAGAGAAGAUCCCAAUUGUAAUCUGAUGGAGAAAGCUUGGAAGCAGAACUUUCAAAGCCUUUCAAAGCAGCAGAGCUCGUCAAUGAAAGCAAGCUGUAUGGCUGAUGGGAAGGCAGUGGGCAUGGCCAGGCUGCUGUGGCGUGGUGCAGAAUGCACAGCCUGUAGAACUGACCUGCAGCCACAGCCCACCUGCUGCACGUUUGCUUUUGUUUUAUCCAGCAGCUCUGCCUCCUCACAAAAGCAGAGGGGCUGUCACAGCAGCCCAUAAGAAGCAGAAUUACGUUUUUAUGCGGAUUUUAAUCUUUUUUUUGUCAGCGAUGGUUUUCUCGAUUACCGUCUGAGUUUGAUUCAGUGCUGGAGAUGCUUUGCUGGAAAUCACAGUAUGGUUUUGAUAGCCUGGAGCAGUGAUGGCCAUUGUGUGGUCCAGGGCAGCCAUUUGGCCUGCCUGAAGAAUUUAUUGCCUGGGCUGCAGUUGCUGCAGCAGUCAUGCUAGAAAGUUCUCCUCUGAGUCUCUGCAGCACUGUCACUGUUCUUGGAUGUGUCUGCAGCAGGGAGGAGGGGAGAUGAAUAGCGUUCUGGAGUUGGUCUGACUCGCUCAUGAGCUCGGCCAUGGGAAUAGGCCCUGUGGUGAAGGCAGCUCGGGAGGUGCUCGGGGUGGGGGAUGCUUGUGGGCUGGGGAGCAACUGGGAGCAGGAAGGAGGGGAGGAUGGGUGCAGGUGGGGAGAGUUGGGCAGGAGGAGCUGGAAAGGAGCUGCUGGGUGGUGGUUCCUUGGCGUGGUGUUGGGAUGGGGUGGGCAGAUCCAGGGCAGUAAGUGAGGGAGGAGAGCUGCCCUUGGGCUGCCUUCCCCCCAGAGGAGAAAAACUCCAAACUAUCUGAAGUCACAGGGAUGUGACAAUACAGAAAUGAAUUAAGCCUUUGGACUCCUGUGCUGUUAUCUCCGUGUACUUGGGACCAAAGGCCAGGAACCAGUAGGUAGCAGUUGCUAGAUAAAUUAGGCACUGGUGCAGUGAAAAGGAGGAGGAGGUUUUGGCCUCAAUACAGCUGUGUGAGAAGUGUUCAGGAUUUGUCUCGGGGAGGCCAGCUGACCAUCAGCCACUAACUGGUAUUGCCAAAUAGAGCAAGUGGGUGAUAUCCCGCUGGAAAAUAGAGGUUAUUUUUUGACCGUGUAGAGGACUAGCCAACGAAAAACAACACUCAGACAUUUUGUUUGCAGACAUGAUUUCUGGAGUUUUAGCCAAAAGCACAGUGGAACAAAGACCGAAGUUAAAUUUAGUACAUGUCAACCUGAUCAAAACCAAGUAUACACAGACAAAGCCUGGCCAGAUUCAGACACAAUGUGGCCUGCAGUUGCCAGAGCUUGCACAGAAGAUGGGAUCUUGCAGAAGGGAGCUCAAGCCGUUAAUUACAGCAGAGGCAGUGUAUCUCCAGUGUCACUGUGUGAAUGUGGUAGGCCUUGUAGUAGCUUAUUUAAAGGUAGUAAACCAGGGUUUUCAUGGUUUCAUGCAAAGAAUAACUCCUUAAAAACAUGCAUUAUGACUGUCCAGGAGUUAAAAAUGGAUCUUCAGGGAGCGCUAGGAGGUUUUGUGAGCUCAGAUCAGUGAAAAACCUUGCUACUGGGGCUGGAUGAGGUACUGUUAAAUUGCAGAAUAGCAGCACUGAAUGUCACCUUUUGGCAUUUUGUUCAAUGGAGAAGUGAAAGCAAGAAUGCCUGCGCUGCAUAGAAAGUGAUGUCAGCAUUGAAUUGCAGGACAGGAAAUAAUUUAUUAAUAAUUUGGGUUUUGUCUGUGGAAUUGAUGCCGUGGGGUUGGUGGUAAGGGGCAGCUAUAGGCAGCAGGAUGUUGUGUGUGAGAGCUGACCCACAUGAGCAUAGUGCACUGCAACAGAAGAUAGAUGCACCAUUUCUGGAAGAAAAAUGUGAUUUUGCAAGGAAGUGUUUCAAACAGGCAAGUUCUAGAGGCUGUGAAUGCCAAGGGGCAGUGAGCAAGCAGCCCUCCAUCAGAAGCACCGGUGCUUUCAGGGAGUCAGCAGGUCCAGGCAUUGGCACCGAGCAAGAAAUGCUGAGCACGAGGUUGGCUCUGAAUAUUUCAUUCCAGCUCCUGACAUUUUUCUCUUGAGCUGAUCUGCUCACUUAAGAGAAAUAAACUUCCAGCCAUGCAGCACAACCUGCAUCACCUUGUCGUAUUCCCUGAGAGCACAGCCUGGUUGGAGCCCAGCGAGAGGAGAAAGUGGACCUGUAGCUUCAGUCCUUCCUUCUGAAGGGAUGGGUCUGCUGAUAAACCACGGCGCUCGUUUUGUGUCAAUUAAUGCUGUGACACAUGAGAGUAACUUCAGCCAGCUUCUAUCUUUUCUAUCUUUAUGGUAGUGUUUGUUUAUCAAUGUUUACAGGGAAUUGUCUUCACAACAGUCUCCGUAUUAUCUCUGGAGCAGAUUUUAUUCAUUAAGCCUCUUGCAACCACAGAACUGAUCAGCAUACGAAGUAUUUCACAACAGAGUAAACAAAGGCGAGCUUGCGGUCACAAGUACCCGACGUGUUCUCCCAGAGAGGCUGGGAAGCAUUGGUUUCAAGUUCCUGUGGCUUCGAAUUCCCAUUGCUUGCAGGCUCGUGUUGGAGCAGGCAGAGCGAGGAUGGAAGAUACCAUAAAUUUCUCAGCGUUUAAACUCGGGGAGUGUGAAUCAUUUCUUUCUUGGAAUAACUUUAAUAGAAGAAUAGAAUCCAACCUGAUGAGAAAAACGUGCAAAAUCUUUUUCUUUUUCCUUUUCCUCCCCUGUUUCGAUGCUGCUUUUUCCAGCCUAUUUUUAUCAUGAACGCUUGGAGAAACCUAAGGAACUUGGAGUUGUAAUGCUUGCAGAUUGAGAGCACUGUGAAAAAGCAUUUUGCUAGGAGGCUUACUUUAAGGAACAGUGGACUUCCAACCAAUUAGGAAAGAAAAUAAUUUGUCUGGGAUCGUUUACAUUAGAUUCUGAACAAUUUCGGCAACUUUGGGGAUGUUAGAAAUUGGUUGGAUUUCCUUCUGAAGAGAUGAAACAUCAUUCCUAAUGUAUGUUACAGCAAUAUCAGAUGUCAGGAGCAUAUGGGAGCUUAUAUCUCACAGAGGCGAUGCCAGAAGGAUAGCAGUGUGUUCAGUAAUUCUCUGGUUUUACAAGAAGCGAUGGAUUAUAUUCGCUUGAAUUGUACUCGGUUACGAUGUCAUUCUUGGGAUGUUUUAUCUUGGUGAUUUCAAAAUACUGAAUAAGAGUAAAGCACGACAAACUCAGCGGAGAUAAUUCAGAGGCUCUCAGCCCUAACAGAAAUAUUGACAAUACUUUGUUGUUUUAGGACUUGGAUUUAUGGUUCUUGGGGAUCUAUUCCACUCCUUAAUGUCAUAUAAUCCAUCGAGUGCUGAACUGAAAGCCAAAACUCCUCCUGCUCAGAUCCUGUGCCUGCCAUUGCUCGUUGGACUUUAAUAAUUGGCGUGAAGGAAUACGGCCACUAACAGUGGGUGAGAAACGUGAUGCUGCGUGACAAAGCUCCUUACCACGUAGCUGAGCCAGAGCAAGGAUUUCUCAUGUGAAACAUGGAACUGUGUGACACGCAGCCUGUUCCAUUGCGGGCAAGGGUUUGCAUUCACCUGCAUUCUUUUUUAGUUGCUGGAGGUGUAAAGCUCACCCCUUCGUGGCAUGUGGGAGAUAGCAAGGAGAUGACUUCAGUGUGGCUCAUGGAUUUCUAACUUGUAGUCUUGUUGUUGUUGUGCUCUUUGUAAAACUUGCUUUUGUAUUGCCAGGAGGAACUGAUAGUAGCAGGUUGAAAGAUCUAUGGGCAAAAACAUUUGUUUCUAAAGAAUUUAAAAUGAUAAAUUUUACAGUUUGCCAUCGAUGAUCCUGAUGCUGCACUGGCCAACCCUCUGUAGGCUGCUUCAUCGGCCCUUCCAGCUUUGAACUGACAGUGUGACAGUUAACAGCAAUCAGGAAACCAUUCAUUUGAGUGCCUCUUCUUUCAUGUGCAUCUUUCAUUCACUCUGGGUGCAUCCAGCAUUGCUUCACGCUCUGCAAAAUGAAGCAGUGUUGGGGUGCAGUAGUGAGCAGGUACCUUGAGAUUAUCCAAAGUGAGCUUGGUCUGCACCAGGGAAAGAGUGACUGUGGUUGUGCCAUGGCCUGGGGUCCAUUGCUCACAUUUUACUGGAAUUUUGUUUGACAUCUUGACUUACCCAGGACAAAAACCACUGUUAGAAUGCAUAGUGGCAAAAGCAAACCUUUUACAUCUCUUUUGCUGCAAUCCAUUCUUAAGGUGCCUUGAACUGAGUGGAAAAGGUUGGAUAAGCGGACCUGGAUUAGUGUCAGCUGGAAAGCUUUUGUAUUUAUCCACCCAAGGAGUUGCUUUUAAAAACUUAUUUACAGAAGUUUAAUUUUGGAUAAUAACUAUUUGCUUUCAAGUGAUUUGCUGCACUUCCAGUGCUCAGCUAGCUGUACUAGCAUCUUUGAUUUCUGUAGAUGCUCUCCUUAUUGAAGGUCCUUUAAGAUUUUUAGCAAUUAGUCUAUAUUGAUAAAGUUAUUUAUUCUUAUAUUUUUUUACUUUCUUAGCUUGGAGGAAAUGUGGGGUACAUGCUAGAAAUUGUAGAAUCUCAUCCCAGUUCUGCCACAUCGUCAUCCAUAGGAAAUUGGUGCAUUGCAUUGCUUCAGUUUUCUUGCCUAUGUGGCAGAUAGUUGCUGGUCUCAUCUCUCUCCCAAAGUAUUUUGCCACUCUUUAAGUGUUUGAGACUAAUACCAGACUUUCAGAUAAGCUCUUCCACAUGCCACUUUUAUGGGAGUAAAAUAAAAAUGAGGUUAUCUGGAAUUGACAACAACUGUGAAUUUCAGAUUAACUGUGAAGUCUUUCUGCUCGAAAUCAGUGCAUCCCACUUCCUUGGAAAGAUCUUCUCCUCCAUUAUUCAUUACAAGGGCCUUAAAAUUAUACUCUAGUGACAAAGCCUUUAUUUAUUUUUAGACAAUUGGCAUCCACUUCUGGCUGACCUAGAAUGUUUCUUUGAUGACAAUGUCUGUGAUCCAGCUGGGUUUGCUGAAUGGUUGAAUAAACAAAGACAGAUAGUAAAAUGUGGGAAAGAAAAGGCUAUUUUUAUUAUAUUAGAGAGUCUGUCCAGCCAAGUCCAGGCUUGAUUCUAAAUGUCAUAUCUGUAACAGUACACUUCAGUUAAGUGCCCUUGUGGUCUCUGCAGUAUUUCUGGAAUUUUAUCAUUAUUGGAUUUCAAGGUUACGAGAAGGUUACGUCCAAAAGGUUCAGAAUGAAGGUGAUUCACAAAGGCCUCUUCCUUCCUGAAGUAUGCAUGGUAUAGCUCAGGUCGAAUACAUAGAAGCCAGAGGAUAAGUAUAAGCCAGUUGUUUUCACGUUAUCAUCUUUUUUCGUUGUUGUUUCAUUUGUUGGCCAUUUGUUUUCAGCAGCUUCAAAACCAGCUUAAUUUUGAGAGGAUAACUCUAGCAAAGAGCUCUGGAUCAUAGACUAUACAGAAGCCUUUUGUUUUGAAAGAAUCAAAUGGGUUUUUGAACUAAACAGUUUCCUGAUCCAAGUUUUUCUUUCUUGUUCAAAACGAAGAACGUAAACCAGUUACCAUGAGAGCAGUGUUGGAGGACAAUGGCUGUGAUUCAAAUCCCACUGUAAAUCUAGAGGAAGUUGGUCCGUUCUGUGAGGCUGAAAACCAAGUGGCAAACGACAUCCUUGCACGUAUUUAAAUUUAGUUAUUACGAACAGUAAUGAUGAACAAACAUCCUGAUGCUGUAGCUCUGAUGCUUCUGGCACAGGAGGAGCCCCAGUUCCAAGGGGGUGUAGAGCUUGGGCCAAUGGAAACCAUUCCUUCCACCAUAAAAAGCAAUGGCACAGCUCAGAGCUCCAGCAUGGAUAUUGGGAGAAUGUUUUUACAGGGGAGAUACUUUCACAUUUUUGUUUGGUAGUGGUCGUCUGAACGAGGAACAGUUUUUCCAGUGUGUGUAGGAUAAGCAGAUGUGCUUUGGCCUUGAAGUACAGCUGCUGUCCUAUCAAGGCAUGGGUUAAUUCUACCAUGUGAAACUACUGAGUACCCAACACGUGCCCUGCGGGAGCCUUCUACAGUCAUAAUCACUGUGUUUGUAUUGGAUUAGGAGCAUUAAAGAAUUUAUUUAGAAUCUUUUCUGUUUAUCAGUUCAUAGAAUGUGGAGGGAAAAAAAAAAAGGCCUUUCUUGAUGACUUCAGUGUAAUUUUCCAUGAUUCGUACUUUUGGUGGUAAUAAAUAAAAUGCAAUAAGAAUAAAUUCUGUUAUUUAUAAGACUAUUUUGGUCUUUUAUUAGAAUUUAAUAACCCAGCCAAAGCUUCAAUCAGAGCUCUUCUCUUUAACAUCAAAACGACUGCUCAGAAUUGUGUAGUUGGAGGCUGAUCCCAUUGACUGCAGAAAAACAUCACCCGUACCGGUGCCAAGGAAAGCAUCCGGUGAGACAGACAGAAACAAAGGCAGCAAACCUUAGCCAUCCAGUUGGGAUUAGGAAGUUUGUAAGAGCCAAGCAUGUUCUAGCUCCCAUCCCUGUGCCUCUGCCUCUUGGUUAGGUCUCUUGAUUAGAUACUGACUUGGGUGUGUGUCAGGUGCACCAGGUGUGGUUUUUGAAGGAAAAAAGCCCCCAGAAUGUUAAAUAAUAAUGAUAAAAAUUCUUAGGGUUCUAAAAGAAUUGUUUUUUAUAAAUGAGAGCAACUUUGUAUGAGUAAGAUAACAGCGAAGGAUUGGCUCAGGAAACCAAUGUGUGCAAGGUUGCAAAUCCAGGCUGCUUUCUCCCAUGUUUGCAUCCCUCCUUUUCUAAUCCAAGAGUACCAGCAAUGUGCUGCUCAGUUAUCCUUGACCAUGUGGUGAUGGUAAUGAUGCAGAAAAGGAACAUGCAUUCUUACAGAAACUAUGAGUUUGUGCUAUAACAACCUGGUUGGCCAAGAUAUCAGUCUGUGGAAUCAGUUCCCAAUCAAUCCUGCUGUGUCAGCAUCAUUUGUUACUACCAGUGGUUGUAAUGGGCUUUGCUGUUAUCUGCUGCUUCAUUGCUGAUUGCCUUCUGAUACGGUUUAAUAGAUGGUUACAUGGAUCUUUGAGUUUCUCCUCAGUUGUUUUUUAAGGUGAGGAUGAGUUCAUCCCAAAGCAGAAGAGAAGAACAGAAUGGCAGUGCAUCCUGCCAUUUGGGAUGGAGUUGGCCUUGGGUCAUACUGACAGUUCUAACGAUGGAACUGGGUAAUUAAACAACAGUUUGGUGACAGUGGCUUCUGCAAAGGCUGCUAGCAGCCAUCAGAGCUGGGUUGGCUGCUCCAGUGCAAGUCCACAGUUCAGAACAUGCAGCUGAACAGAUAAAAUAUCUGAAUAUUUUUUACCUUUUUUUCUCCCAUUGGGUCCAAGGUAGCAGGAGCUGCUCUGCACAUCCAAGCACUGCCUGACUUCCAAGGUGCUCUGCAGGAGAGUGGUAGAAUUGUUCCCACUGACCCUUCUGACUUGAAUGCUAGGGAGGUAGGACUCAGUCAUUGCAGCUCUUACUGCCCUAUGUGAGGGAUGAACAAAAAUGAAAGCACUGAAUACUUAUGUGAGGGGAACAAAAGCCUAAUGAUGAGCAGAAUCUAUCAGCCUUAUCUUCUGGGUGGCUACAGAAGGAAAUAAUCAAGCACUCAUUACACUGGGUUGGUUAGGUGUUAAACAUGCAGUUUCAUGCCAGUGCUUUAAAGUCAGCAAUGGCCAAACCCUUGGUUUUGAUCUGCAGGCUUAACAACAGCUCAUUUUGUUUGCAGGACACAACUCUGCAUGAUGGGGUGUUGCUGUGCAGUUGCCAUUGGCAGGUCAGCAUGCAUGCUGCCAUGUAACCGUGUUUGUUGCACCACAGUCAGCCCAGCUGCCUGUGUCGAGAUUUUUCCAUCCAAAAUAUAAUGACAGCAAUGGUGUGAGCCCUCCUGGCUGAGGUGUGCAGCUCUGGAGCUGCUGCUCUGGCUUGUAGCCCAGAGGGCCUUUAAAUGACCCUGCUGGCAAGGCUCUGGAGGUUGAGAAAACAGCGUGUUGAGAAAUUGUUUAGUGACUUUCUAAAGUAAUCUCUUAAUUAAGGAUAGGCUUCUGAAUACACCAGGGCUCAGAGCAUCUGCACUGCCGACACGCUCAUCCAGCUCAACGUGUGUGAGGCUGUGCACAGGAAAUCAGGGCUGGAAUUGCUGCUUUGUGAGACUUUGAGAGCUGCAGACCAGAUCUUGCUGCUUUUGACAAGGUGUGCACCAUUACUUCAGGGACCGCGCUCAUUUUGCUCGCAAUGAUCAGCUUAACCUGAGCUGUGCCUUUCCCAAAGCCCAGUUCCUCAAUAGGUGGGGAUGGUGGGACUCUGCUCGUUGGGGCUCUCUGCCUCCCCCAGCAGUGCCUGCAUGAGGCUCACGUGUGCAGUCAGACAGCUGCAAGGUGCAGUGUUUCUCAAACUCCGUUGCAGGGAUGCAGUUUCUAUUUCAUCAUUGUCCUGGCAUAUUGCUGGAGUUCAGUGUGUUAUUAAAAUAAUAAUAAUAAAAAAAAACCACUUAAAGUAUAUUUCUUUUCCAUAUUAACUCUUCAUUAUCCUGGGAAUAACAUCCUACAGCCACCUGCCUACAUGGAGAAAGGGAACCGCUCACGGUGCUUUUAUUGAAGCUGAUGGCUGCAAAGCUGUAACACGUUCUCACCAAAGAGAAGAACAGAUUGGAUGCCCUAUUGCUUUUUUGGUUAAGAAAUGGUAGAAAAACACCUGCAAAGCAGUUUGAUUGCUUUUCUGAUCCUUCAUGCAACAUAUGCCCUGGAGAACAUUCUUUGUUAAUAAUGUACUUUUUAUUGUGGAGAAUGAUCCCAAACCCAUCCAGAAGGGUAAUGGAUUACAGCAAGUAUGGGGAAAAUACCCUGCUGGACGAGUGCUUUCUGUUAAUAUUUUAUAUAUAUAGAUUAAUAUCUUGUAUAGAAUAUUUUCAACCCAGAUGGAUGGAUGGAGGCAGGGUUUUACUGCAUUACUAAAACGUGUGAGCUUAUGGUACAAUACUCUCUAACUUACUGCUGCUGCUUUUAAAGCUGCGUCUAGGCUGAAGGAUUUUGAGAAAGAAAUUGAUGUGAAACAGAUGGGUGAAAAAAAAAACCAUAACUGAAUUUUGUAACCAUUUUCUGAUAGAAGAGAACUUUUUGCAUGGAGCGCCUUGGUGAUUUUUGUCUGAUAAUUCUGAUGUUGUCGGAUCUGAAGCGACGGGGUUUUGAAAAAGGGUUUAUAUGUUAAAGGAAGGGGCUUGGAAGAGGCACAGCUCAGUUAAGUUGAUCAUUGC